AUGACUGCAGAAGCGCAGCAGGCUCUGUCCUCUCAGCCCCCUCCUCCUCCGGUGCACAGCAGCUACGGCCCCAUGUCCUCCGUGGCUGAGAAGCAGCCGCAGAGCUCGGCCAUGGACGCCGCCUCGGCGGGGACCGGCGGCGCGGCCGGCAGCGCCCCGGGCAGCGGCGGGGCCCCGGGCAGCGGCGGCCCCAAGGCGAAGAAGACGAACGCGGGGAUCCGGCGGCCGGAGAAGCCGCCUUAUUCCUACAUCGCCCUCAUCGUCAUGGCUAUCCAGAGCUCUCCCUCCAAACGCCUGACCCUCAGCGAGAUCUACCAGUUCUUGCAGAGCCGCUUCCCUUUCUUCCGAGGCUCCUACCAGGGCUGGAAAAACUCGGUGCGCCACAACCUCUCGCUCAACGAGUGCUUCAUCAAGCUGCCCAAGGGCUUGGGACGCCCGGGCAAGGGCCACUACUGGACCAUCGACCCGGCCAGCGAGUUCAUGUUCGAGGAGGGCUCGUUCCGCCGCCGGCCCCGCGGGUUCCGGAGGAAAUGCCAGGCGCUGAAGCCCAUGUACAGCAUGAUGAACGGGCUCAGCUUCAACCACCUCCCCGACAGCUACGGCUUCCAGGGCUCGGCCGGCGGGCUCUCCUGCCCUCCCAACAGCCUGUCCCUCGAAGGGGGCUUGGGCAUGAUGAACGGGCAUUUGUCCAGCAACGUGGAGGGCAUGGGCCUGGCGGGACACUCCGUGCCCCACCUGCCCGCCAACGGCGGGCACACCUACAUGGGCGGCUGCACCGGCUCCUCGGCCGGGGAAUACCCGCACCACGACAGCUCCGUGCCCACCGCAUCCCCGUUGCUCCCCGCCGGCGGCGUGAUGGAGCCGCACUCGGUUUACUCCAGCUCGGCCUCGGCGUGGGCGCCCAGUGCCUCGGCGGCCCUCAACACCGGCGCGUCCUACAUCAAGCAGCAGCCCCUCUCGCCCUGCAACCCCACGGCCAACCCGCUCUCCUCCAGCCUCUCCACGCACUCCCUCGACCAGCCCUACCUGCACCAGAACAGCCACAACACCGCCGACCUCCAAGGCAUCCCGCGGUAUCACUCGCAGUCUCCGAGCAUGUGCGACAGAAAGGAAUUCGUCUUCUCUUUCAACGCCAUGGCCUCCUCGUCCAUGCAUUCAGCGGGCAGCGGCUCCUAUUACCACCAACAAGUGACAUACCAGGACAUCAAGCCGUGCGUUAUGUGAGCCGGGCCGGACAGACCGCGCUCCUGGGGCUCAGCAUCCCCCAGGACGCUCGGGGUGCCAGGGGGGUGUCCCGUGUCCCGUGUCCCGUGUCCCGUGUCCCAGCCUGGCUUCGGGCAGCAGGGACGGACAGGAGCUCCGGGAAGCGGCGGGAGAAGAGCGGAGCGCGGCCCCGGGAGCGAGCUGAGCGUCGAGCCCGCAGCGUCUGUGCCUUCUUCUGCUCGGGGAGGGAUGGAGGAGAAAGCAAAAGCAGCACCCCCCGUCCGUCCCGAAAGCCCCGGCUGCGAGUUUGGGGUGAGGCUUUGCCAAAUGAGGUUUUGAUGCUUCUUUCAAAAAAAAAAAAAAAAAAAAGUAGAUAUUGCAAACUCA